AUGGAUUACACAACCGGGCGAUGGAGUUAUAUUAUUAAGGCAAUUGGAGAUAAAAUUACAAGAAAAAAAAUUAUAAGCCUCUUACCAGAUUACAGACUAGACCAUAUUCUGAAUAAGACCUCCAUUUCUGACAAUAAUCAUGACUUAUCAGAUCAUCUUUUGAUUUUAAUGCGUAGUACGAUCAAACCCUCUACAACAUUGUCCUUAAUGCUACAUCUAUAUACCUAUUCAUUUGACACGAAUCUUGCCAAGUUGAUUGUAAUACCAAGAUUGAUCAAGCUUACAAAUGAUGACAAAUACUACUCCGACCUUGUACCUAGCGGGAAAUUCUACAUCCUGUAA